CUUCUGCUCUGUCUGUAUGUCUCAAGCAUCCAUAACGAAGAAGUGAACCCGCUAUGAUAUCUGUGAUGGAAGCAUGGCCUCACUCGCGUAAAGCUAGAUCCCUGUCGCUCAGAGGCCAGGUAUCCAAUGGGAACACUCCUUACGCCGCACUCCCAGACUGAAGACAGCUGUCAAUCCGCAUCUCUCCAUUGCUCCGUAGAGUAAGGGGCAGACGUCAUUACAUUUGCUAACCGCGGGUCUUUUCACAGUCUCCGGGACCGGCGCGAAACGACAACGGCCGGCCAAGCCGUUCGAAGCCAUCUUGAAUGUACUCGCGCGACCCCUUCAACCUCCGCAAAGCCCCCCCCUCCGCGCUCACAUACCUCCAAUCCGCCGCGUCGCACGCCACCACCGUCGCCCAGAGAGCCACCGGGAAGGCUGCAGAGGCGGUGUCAGAGACGGUCCAAGCCGCGACCGAUAAAGUAAAGGACGCAGACAUGUCCUUCAAGCUGCCAAGCAACGUUCCUAAUUUCGACAACGCCCAACGACGCUUCGAAGACCAUGUCUGGAACAAGUUCAGUGGGAACGAAAAAGAACUGCCCAUGUACAAAGAUAAGCCGACAUACGGUGCACGGAAAGGUGGUUGGUUUUCGGGGAAGAGGAGGGUUGGUAUAAUUGCGCUCGUGGUCCUGGGCACGCUAUAUUGGAUAGGGUGGUCGAACAGAGGAGGCAGUGAGGGAGGGAUGGAAGAGGGCAAGAAGACUAGCUGGAUACCGGGUGGACAGACAGGAAAGAAGGGCAUCGAUUGGAACACACGGAGGGAGAGUGUCAAAGAUGCAUUCUUGCUGAGUUGGAAGGGCUACGAAGAGCAUGGCUGGGGAUACGAUGAAUACCACCCCGUCGCGAGAACCGGUCGAUUCAUGGCGCAGCCGAAUGGAAUGGGAUGGAUAAUCGUGGACGCAUUGGAUACGCUGAUGGUCAUGAACCUCACGAAAGAGCUGAAACACGCGCGAGAGUGGGUAUCCACCACGCUGAACUACGAGAAAGACCAAGAUGUGAACGUCUUCGAGACAACGAUUCGCAUGCUUGGCGGGUUGCUGUCGGCACACUACUUGCAAGAAGCGCUACCUGGGAUAAAACCUGAGAAUGCGAAUGACGAGGAUCUCUUCCUGGAGAAGGCAGUUGAUCUUGCGGAUAGAUUGAUGGGUGCUUUUGAGUCGCCAUCCGGCGUCCCAUGGGCGAGUGUAAUCUUGAAAACAGGAGAAGGCAAACCCUCACAUGCAGAUGGCGGGGCGUCUUCAACAGCUGAAGCUACGACACUGCAGCUUGAACUCAAGUACCUCGCCUACCUAACGGGAGAGCCGCACUAUUGGGAGAGGGCUGAGAAGGUUAUGGAAGUUAUCGACAACAACGGCGCCAAAGACGGUCUUGUUCCCAUCUUCGUCUACGCUGACAAAGGCAACUUUCGUGGGGAGGAGAUUCGCCUAGGCAGCCGUGGAGAUUCUUACUAUGAGUAUCUCAUCAAGCAGUACCUACAGACGCAGAAGCAGGAGCCCAUCUAUCUCGACAUGUGGAACGAGUCGCUUGGCGGAGUAAAGAAGCACCUCCUUACCUAUUCAAAGACCGCACACCUUACUGUCCUUGCUGAACGUCCGUCUGGCUUGGGUGGACACGUUCACCCCAAGAUGGACCACCUCGUAUGCUUCUACCCCGGCACCAUAGCGUUGGGGGUCACCGGGGGUCUGACCGUCGCCGAGGCGCGCAAACAACCCGGCUGGGGCAAGACCCAGGAAGAUGAUCUCAUUCUUGCACGCGAGCUUAUGAAGACAUGCAUGGCGACAUACCGCGUCAAUCCCACGGGUCUCGCAGGCGAGAUCACGCAUUUCGAGCUUGAUGACCCGCCACGCAUGUAUCGCCAAGAGGUACUGCAGUCCAAGGGCAACCUCGAGACGGACGAGGAUGCAGACUGGAAAAAUGAUCUCAUUGUCAAGCCUGCGGAUUCGCACAACUUGCAAAGACCUGAAACCGUGGAGUCUCUCUUCUACAUGUGGCGUAUCACUGGCGACGAGCUUUACCGUGAGUGGGGCUGGGAGAUGUUCGAUAACUUCGUCAAGCACACCAUCGUCGAGAAUGGUGGCGGUUUCACGAGCGUCAACGAUGUAAGGACUGUGCCGCCGCCUGGGAGGGACAAUAUGGAAAGCUUUUGGCUGGCCGAGACGCUGAAGUAUUUCUACCUCCUGUUCAGCCCGAACGACCUUCUUCCGCUCGACCAGAUCGUGCUAAACACAGAGGCGCACCCGUUCCCCAGGUUUGAUGCGAGCAAAAAGCGGUUCAAGACGGGAUGGAAGAGGAUACCAAGGGACGACAAGGGUGAUUUGAUCAAGUCUUAAGGAAAGAGAGGGUUGCGGGGUUCGACUUCUUCCUUGUAUGAUUCCCAUGUAUUAUAAAGGCUUCGAUAUGUCGAUGGUAUUUCUAGCGACUUCGGCUCUGCGGAAUGUAUGUGUGGGAUAUGAUGCGCAAGAAGAUGCGACCCAGGAUCAGUGAGCCAUGCUGGCAGCAGAGUGUCUCGACGUCUAACGUGACAAUGCGGACUGGGCCGGGAACGUGAUCGCUUGCACACUGCAGAGUCUGGAUUUACGGUCAGACCGAUAGCGAUGAUAUGUUGGAAGCGCCAGUGGAGGAAAUCCAUGCAUGUUCUAAGUCGUAUAUAGACACAACAAACGAGGCUUGAAUAGGUGCGUGGAAGACUC